CCAUCUAAUUCACAACCAUCUCUUUUAUGGCAACUAUCUAAUUCACAACUAUCGCUUUCACAACAACUAUUAUAUUCUCAACAAGAAUUGUCAUCUAAUGAUAUUCGUUCUCAUCAACGUCAAACAUCGCAUUCAAUCGAACAUAAUAGAUCCUUAUCACCACAGUACUUACCA